AUGGAGACUGUCGCAGAGCUGCAGGACACGGCCUCGUUAACCCUGAAGUUUGAGUUCAACCCCAAAGUGGGCAUUGAUAAUCCUGCGCUCUGCCUGACUGAAGACUUGGACCCCUCAGACACGGGGAAGUUGGAGUCACCCCGCUUCUGCCUGCUGAGCAAAGACGAGAGCGGGAGUUUCGGUUUCCACCUCCAGCAUCACCUGGCCCGGACGCAGCCCGUGGUGAGCAAGGUGGACCCCGGCAGCUCCGCCCAGCGCCAGGGGCUCCGGGAAGGAGACUUGAUUCUGGGGGUGAACCUCAACCUACUGGAACAAGAAAACUUUGCGGUGGUGGUCCGCCACAUCCGCGCCAGCGGCCCGCGCGUGCUGCUGAUGGUGGUGGCCCAGCACGUGUACGACGUGGCCCGCGAGCGGCAGGGGGACAAGGCCCCCCUCUAUCCCACACUUGGCCCAGGGGUCCGGCCCCGGCUGUGCCACGUCGUGAAAGAUGAAGGCGGCUUCGGCUUCAGCGUCACCUCGGGAUACGGGGGUUCUUUCUGGUUGGUGCUGAGUUCCGGAGGAGCAGCUGAGCGGGCAGGGGUCCCCGCCGGGGCCCGGCUGCUGGAGGUGAAUGGGGCGAGCGUGGAGAAGCUCACCCAGAGGAAAGUCAACAAGAAGCUCUCGCAGAGUGGACAGCAAGUGACCCUGCUGGUGGCAGCAACCGAGGUGGAGGAACAGUGCCGCCGGCUGGGCGUGCCGCUGGCUGCCCCGCUGGCAGUGGGCUGGACACUGCCUGGCAGGCCCCGCUGCCUGAACUUGGAGAAGGGGCCCCAGGGCUUCGGCUUUCUGCUGAAGGAGGAAAAGGGGCCCGAUGGCACCUUCGGGCAGUUCCUGCGGGAAGUAGACCCGGGACAGCCAGCCGAGAAGGCGGGGAUGCGUGAUGGGGACCGGCUGGUGGCUGUGGCUGGGGACAGCGUGGAGGGGCUGAGCCACAAGGAAACGGUGUCCCGGAUCCGGGCGCAGGGACCCCGCGUGGAGCUCACUGUGGUGGACCCUGAGGCUGACCGCUUCUUCAACACAGCCCGCCUGUCCCCCCUCCUCUUCAUGGAACCUGCCGAGCCACCUGCCGCUCAGGACGGAGCAUCUCAGGACCAGACUGAGGCUCUGCCCAGUGCAGAUGCUCCAACCUCCAGGGCCCCGGUCCCAGGGUCCACCCGCCUGUGUAUCCUGCACCCCGGGCCUGGUGGUGGCUAUGGAUUCUGGCUCUCCUGCGUGACCAGCUGGCCACGACUGUACAUCUCCCAGGUGAUCCCAGGAGGGGCCGCGGACCAAGCAGGCCUGAGGCAGGGAGACGUGGUUCUGGAAGUGAACGGGUGUGCCAUCGACGACGAGAACGAGAUGGACAUUCUGAACCUGCUCCUUGAGGCCGAUCCGCCCCUGUCCCUGAAGCUGGCGGCGGCCAUGCCCGGCCAGGACUCAAGGGAGUUCCAGAAGGAGGAUAAUGAAUGGACCUACUCCUCAGAGCUGGUGCAGAAAUAGCCCUUCCCGCUCAGCACAUCCCCG